GUCAGUUUCAGCUACGCACAUGAGUGAGCAAACAUGAGGGGACACUCUGAGAAUGCGUCUCAGAGACAGGCCACAGCACUUGUGAGAGAAGGUGGGAGCAAAGGUCACUCCCAGGGUGGGCAAGCAGAGGGGCAGUGAGGGAAUGGUUCAGGAGCAAGUGGGAUCUGCAAGGGCUCUAGAGGGUACUGUUUUCAAGCAGAGGGAAGAGCCAGGGGUGGAGGAAGAACUGGAAAGAGAAGAGAAGCUGAUCAGCAAAGAGGUGGAGACUGAGUGUACAGGAAAUGCUUGAAGAACGUCAAGGAACUAUGAGCAUACAUGAAAGGGAAACAAGGACACGGCUGAGCCCAGCUAAUGCACACAGGGCCCAACAGCCAAGAGCAGAGAGGGCACAUUCCAGGUUUCCAACACCGGAGCGUCACGGGCCAAGCUUUGCUUACGAGUCAUCUCUUAGUCCCUCUGACACCCUGGACAGGCAAGGAGGUAACUGGCAACCAUGACCUGCACUGGGUGGAGGUGGGGGGAAUGAGUGGGGAGGCAGGACUGGCUUAGCGAUUGCUGCAGAGCCAGCAAGAAGCCUUCCAGUCAUCCAGUUGCUGUGAGCUUCCUAUUUAGACAGGUCUCACCUGCCGCUGAACGACACCUCAUCUCAGAGUUGUUCUGGAUCUCUGUACUGUGGCAACUUACACACAUAACACCAGGCCCCAACCUGGUUGGGAUGGAGGUUGGGGAAGGAAAGCCAAUCAAAACGACCAGGUGCAGGGAGAGGCCAUUCUCCGGCUGGGUGUAGCGGGUUUUGUGGCUGCAAUAUUCAUGGUUAGCCACUAGAUGGCAGUUAAGAGCAAUAGCUUCCAGCUGAGUAGCCUAAAGGGUGCCUGGGAGGCCAGUCUCCCGGCUGACCCGCGAGAAGUGCCAAAUCGGUUGGUCCUCCCAAGAGAGAACACAGGUCCCUCAACCUCAACCUCACCCUCAUUCUCAUCCUGUGGAGGGCUGACCCUCCACUGAUUUGUACUUGAGAGUCACCCCUGCAGAUUGAAAGGCAACUAGGGAACCCGGGAUCCUUGCUCUGCUGGGGCACCAGGCAGAUAGCUCCAGUCAUAUUCUUUCCUGUCACAAAGACGUCUUCAAAUUUGAAUCUGGCUCCAAGAGUCUACUGCAUGGAUGAAGGCCUGCAGGCCAAGAGGAACCAGAGUGACUCCAUGUUGCUGCUCAGAAACCAGAAGCUGUGCUCCACUUGUCGAGAAAUGAAAAUGGUACAACCAAGAACAAUGAAAAUCCUAGAUGAUCCAAAAGUAUCCUUUGAGAAUUUUAUGAGUCAUAGAAUGAUGAGUCUUCAUCAGCCCAAAGUCCAGACUACACCUGAGCCUUUCCAUGAUGACAUCCCAACAGAGAGCGUUCACUACAGACUGCCCAUUCUGGGCCCCAGGACAGCUGUCUUCCAUGGAUUACUGUCAGAAGCCUACAAAACCCUGCAAGAGAGACGACAUUCUUCCUUGUCAGAAAGGAACCAUGGGCAAGACCAGGAGGCAGUGAGCGGUAGGAGUCCAUCACCUCCCAGUUCAUCAUCUUUGACACUGGCACCUUUUCCUCACACCUUUCUCCCUUCUCCAAAAAGAUGAUUUAAUUUUGCCUUCCUAAGAGUUGCUGGUCUUCUAGCCUUCACCUCUAUUUUCUCUCUCACUUUUCCUAAAGUGGUUUAAUUUACAUGAUUUUAAAGAUUUGUUGAUGAAAAUGGAACAUGGUAACUGUCUCAUUUAAUUUUGUUAAGAGUUCCUCUCUGUGUUAAAGCAGAAAACAUCCUUCUAUUUCUAAGUCACAAGUUUUCUGUGAAAACUGUUUUCAGCUGUUUCUUCAGCAUGGGCCGGAGAUGGCUCCAUGAAAUCCCUGAUGAAUUCAGCUUAUUAAGAAUAAAGGAGUGGGAUGGGUGUGGUAGCUCACACCUGUAAUCCCAGCACUUUGGGAGGCCAAGGCGGGCAGAUCACCUGAAGUCAAGAGUUC